AUGAUAAGUCAUAGAUAUAUUAUAUUUUAUUUAUUUUGCUUGCAUAUAGAUAUUUAUGUAAAUAUAUAUACUAGGUGUUUUGGGGUAAACGCAAGCAGCAAUUAUUUGAGAAAUAAUGUCUCUACGUUUGACAAUGUAAAUGUAGAAGAUAAUAAUUUCGUUAUAGGUGAUAAUUAUUAUUUAAAUUAUGAAAAAAAUAAUCAAGAUAUAAUAAGCAAUCUUCAUGAAGCUAAACUCCCCAAUACUUCUCAAGAAUACAUUGAAGUGGAAAAUGAAAAUUCGCAUGAUCCAAAAGUUCAAGAUGAGGAAUUUUCAGUAAUUAAACCUUUAGGUGAUCAUAAUCACGUAAAAUCUAAUGAUAUCGGUGUAAUUGGAAACGAUACUACUGAUGGUCUUAGUGAUACUAAUAGUGGAAGUGAACAUGGUAGAGUAAGUAGUAAUGAACUUACGCCUGAAAAUUCUACACUACAAGAUGCUUUGAACAAAAAAUGUCCCAAUGAAACGAUUUGUAAAGAUAUGGUUUCUUCUAAGCACUGCCCUAAAAAAAACUUUGAGCAAAGAAACAAUUGGCUCACCACAACUGUAAAAACUUCGUUAGGUAAGAACAAAAGUGUUCCUACUCCAGCAAGGAGAGGAAAAUUAUGUUUCGGAAAUAUAACACAGAGAAGGAAUGGUAUAAACGAUAUAGAAAAAUUAAAAAAAGAACUUAAGAAUGCAGCAUAUUCUGAAGCAGUAUUAUUGGGUGAAAUGUAUUCUGGGAAACCUGAAUAUACACUUGAAGCAAUGAGAUAUAGUUUUGCUGAUAUUGGAAGUAUUAUCAAAGGUAAUGAUAUGUUGGAUGAUUUACGUACAAAAAACUUGAAAGAAAUAUUUGAGAACAAAAUAAACCAAGGCAAAACAGUUGUACCUAUUAUUAAUAGAGAAUCCUUGUGGGAAGAAAAUAAAAAUGAUAUUUGGGAUGCAAUGAUGUGUAAAUAUAGUGGGAAUAAGGCUGACAAUAUUUGUCCAGGACACAAUAAUAUCGAUAAGGUUCCUCAAUUUUUCCGUUGGUUCAGAGAAUGGGGAACAUAUGCCUGUAAGGAAAUAAAAGAAUCGAGAGAAUUAUUAAAAGCAGUUUGCAAUAAUGUUGAAAAUAAACAUAAUGAUAAAGUAAUAAAUGCGGGUAAAACGCGUCAUGAUAUUUGCAAAGAUAUAUUUAAUGAAUAUGAAAAUUUGGUUAAUUCAAGGAAAAAUGAAUGGAAAUUAUUUGUUGAAUAUUUUAAUAAUGAAAAAGAUACUUAUGAUGGUUCAAAGGGUUUAUUACCUGAAAUGUAUCUAAAAGAAUACUGUCCUGAAUGUUAUUUCCAGAAUAAAGAUUUAAAAAUUAUACUUGAAGAAAUUGAAAAAAACGCCAAUAUAUAUAAUGAUAUAUACGCAGGAAAAUAUUUUGAAGGUACUGUAACAAGAACAUCUCAUGAAGUUUCUAAUUCUAGUCCCCAUAGGCAAAAUGACGGAUCUGCAAAAGAUGGAGUACAAAGUGGAUCAAGCACACCUGAAAAAGAAAUUACACCUAGAAGUGACUCCUCUAAUUCAGAUAUAAGUUCUACUAAUUUGGUUGAUAAAGAAGCAGGAACAGGUCAAAAAUUAAAUAAUUUAUCUGGUGGUGAAGAAAAAAAAACAUUGGAAUCUGGAAAAAGUAAUACAGAUAAUGAGCGCCAUGAUGUGUCAAAAGAUGAUAUUCCUUACGAUCGUAUAUUGGGGUGGGAAUUUGGUGAUUUUUCUCCAAAAAAUAAAUACACUGAAGAUGAAAAAAAAGAAAAUAUGUUAGAAUUAAUAAAUUUAACUUCAUGGGACAGAGAUAAUAUAUCCAAUGAAAAUGAAGAAGUGGAGGAAGAAGAAAAGUACAUAAUCGAUGUGGGUGAAAUAGAAUUAGAGGAAGAAGAAGAAGUAGGAAAAGAGGAAGAACAACAAGUAGAGGAUGAAAUAGAAGUAGAGGAAGAAGAACAAGUAGAAGAGGAAGAAGAUGAAGAAGAAGUAGAAGAAGAAAAACAAAAAGAGGGUGAUACAGAAGCUACCAAAAACAAUUUAGAAGAAAAGGAUCAAACGACAAAGGAUACGAAAAACGAAAAAGAAGAAACAGUUGAUUUAAAAAGAGAUAAUGAUGCAUACCAAUCAUUAAAAGAACGUUCUAAUGAUAAUAAGCAAGUAAAAAAAGUUGAUGAGUCGGCAAUAAAAAACCUCUUUGAUUUGUUUAAUAAAAGUAAUGAUUCGGAGGAUGUGUUAAAAGGUUUGGUAAGAGAAAUAACAAGUUUAUUUCAAAACCAAUAA